UUCAUGUGAGAAAUGUUUUAUUUUUUUGCUAAUUUAUAAAGAAGUCGGUCCAUACAUUGUUGAUUGAACCCUGAGCUACAUUUUCAAGAGGAGACGAAGCGGCAAUAAUUGAACAUGGAGCCCUUUGAUGGACUGGAAAACCUUGCCUCAAGCCUAGAGACCGUGGCAUUGAAUGGUUUUCAGGCUCCUACGGUUGAUGACAAUGGACAGAAGGACAGCUCACCUGCAGAGAUACUAAGGAUAAAAGAACAGAUGUCAAAUCAAUGUUUUGAGAUGACCGUGAAGCUCCAAGCAGGAAAAAGCAAAAGAUCUUGCAGUGCACCUGAUGCUGACAAAGACUUGCCGGAUUAUGCUAGUACUUUGGAGGAAGCAAAAAUCACUCAUUUUAACAAGACAUUGGCCUUACACAGGAUGCAGGUGUGGCAUGCCAUCUCUGAGAAGCUGAAAUCCAGUGAUCCAGAGGCUGAAGCAAUGAGGGGACUGACCAAUCGUAGCCUAGACCUUUGUUCAAAGAUAAAGACACUUCAGCAGGAAUCAUGUGCGCUUCAGGACCAAAUCACAGACCUACAAAAGCAGAGGCUAGAUCUAAAGCGUCUCACUCAUGAGAAGAUGAAGGAGAUGGAUGAGUUGAAGAGGAAGAGGGAGCCCCCAGAGGCAGAGAAGUACAGAAACAUCCUGCAGAAAGGCCAGUCUCACCUGGAGAAAUACCAGAAGAUGGCCACCGUCACACAGAAUGUCCUUCGGGGGAUCAUCAUUGCCAGUAAAGUGAACUGGAGAGAUGACCCCAAACUGAGAGACAUCGCCAUGACGUUGGAGGACAUUCCCAUCUCUGAGGAAUGAGCGGUCAGCAUGGAAGGGGAAAGUAAUUGCAACAUUGUUGUAACAUUGUUUAUAUGUACAGUUAUCAGAAGUUGUAGUGUGAUAGAGAAGGAACAAAGUGUUAUCACAGUAGAUGUAAAAUAUUAACUGAUGUUAAGAGCACUUAGUAAAAUGCAUAAUACACUGCAUCAGAGAUGGACAUCUUUUUGUAAUACGUUUUUGUUUGUACAAAAGCAUAGUUGUACUUCAUUUUGUAUUGAUAACUUUUGUUUUUAUGAAUAAAACUGCUAUUCACCA